AUGCCAAGGCCGAGGCGGUUCUUGAGCAACCACAACGAUCACCACCAAAUGCCGAGGCAGCAAUCUUUCUCACUUCUUCAUCUUCCGUUCUUCAACCUCCUUUUUCUGCUUCUUCCUCAUCUUUCGUCUUCUUCAAACAAUGAAGCUCGAGUUCUACUUUCAUGGCUCCACACUUCCUCCUCCUCCUCCUCCUCUGUUCCUCCCUCUUUUUUCUCCGACUGGAACCCUUCAAAUCCCAACCCUUGUAACUGGUCUUUCAUCAAAUGCUCUUCACAAAACUUCGUCACAGAGAUAAACAUCCAAGCAACUGAAUUAGCGCUUCCUUUUCCUCCCAACAUUUCAGCUUUUUCCUUUCUCCAGAAACUUGUCAUUUCAGGUGCUAACCUUUCUGGGUUGAUCUCACCUGAUAUUGGAAACUGUCCCGAGCUUAUAACCAUUGAUCUUAGCUCAAAUAAUCUUUCUGGUGCAAUUCCUUCCAGCAUCGGCAAGCUAAAAAACCUCCAAAAUUUGAGCUUGAACUCUAACCAGCUUACUGGGGAAAUCCCCAAAGAGCUUGGUGAUUGUGUUAGUUUGAAGAACCUUAAUAUUUUCGAUAACAAUCUUAGUGGAGUUCUUCCUGUUGAGUUGGGAAAACUUUCAAAUCUGGAGGUUAUAAGAGCCGGAGGAAACAAUGGCAUUGUGGGGAAGAUUCCUGACGCUCUUGGGGAUUGCAGGAAUCUGACUAUAUUAGGUCUGGCUGACACUAGAAUCUCUGGUUCAUUACCUGCUUCUUUAGGUAAGUUAAGGUUGCUUCAGACAAUUUCUAUUUAUAAUACUAUGUUGUCUGGUGAGAUUCCUCCUGAAAUAGGAAACUGCUCUGAGCUUGUGAACUUGUUUUUGUAUGAGAAUGAACUAUUUGGUUCAUUGCCAAAAGAGCUGGGUAAACUUCAGAAACUUGAGAAAAUGUUGCUGUGGCAGAAUAAGUUUGCUGGAAGCAUGCCUCAAGAAGUUGGUAACUGUAGAAACUUGAAGAUUCUUGAUGUUUCUUUAAACUCUUUGUCUGGAACCAUACCUACUACUUUUGGAAACCUCUCGAAUCUUGAAGAGCUCAUGUUAAGUAACAAUAACAUAUCUGGUUCAAUCCCGCCUGUUCUUUCCAAUCUGUCGGAGCUCAUACAGCUCCAGAUAGAUACUAAUCAAAUAUCAGGUUCAAUUCCUGCUGAACUCGGAAAGUUGAAGAAGCUUACUGUCUUUUUUGCUUGGCAAAAUAAACUUGAAGGAAGCAUUCCUUCUGAAUUGGGUGGUUGUGCUAGCCUAGAAGCUCUUGAUUUGUCAUAUAAUACACUCACUGAUGGCUUACCUCCAGGCUUAUUUCAGCUUCAAAAUUUGACAAAGCUUCUGCUAAUCUCUAACCAUCUUUCUGGGCCUAUACCUCAGGAAAUUGGUACAUGUAGUUCUCUUAUUCGGCUCCGACUUUUGAACAACCAAAUUGGUGGAGAGAUUCCAAGAGAACUUGGUUUUCUCAGUAACUUAAACUUUCUUGAUCUGUCAGAGAAUAAUCUUACUGGUUUAGUGCCAGUUGAGCUAGGAAAUUGCAAAGAACUGCAAAUGCUGAACCUUAGCAAUAACUCCCUUUCUGGUGUUUUACCUCGUUCCUUAUCUUCGCUCACAAGGCUUGAGGUUUUAGAUGCUUCUCUGAAUCACUUCUCUGGUGAAAUUCCUGCUAAUAUUGGCCAACUCUCUUCACUUAUUAGGCUUAUUCUCAGCAGAAACUCAUUCUCUGGAUCCAUACCCUCAUCACUAGGUCUUUGUUCAAGUCUUCAACUCCUUGAUCUCAGUAGCAACAAUCUCUCAGGAAGCAUCCCACCGAAACUAUUUGAUAUAGAAGCACUUGACAUUGCUUUGAAUUUGAGUCACAAUGCAUUAUCUGGAGUAAUCCCACCACAGGUUUCUUCUCUAAAUAAGCUUUCUGCUCUAGACCUUUCCCACAACAAGCUUGAAGGAGAUUUGGUGGCUCUUUCAGGACUUGAAAAUCUUGUUUCUCUCAACAUCUCCUUCAACAAGUUCACUGGCUAUCUUCCGGACAUCAAGUUAUUCCAUCAAUUGUCACCAACAGAUUUGGAAGGAAAUCAGGGCUUGUGUCCAAGUGGCCGGGAUUCAUGCUUCAUUAGCAAUUCUGCAAUGGCAAAAGCACAAAAUGAAAGUGAUUCUAAAAGAGCUGAGAGAAUCAAAUUGGGCAUAGGAUUGCUAAGUGCCUUCACCAUUGCACUGGCAAUCUUUGGGAUUCUUACAGUGGUUCGAGCAAAGAAAAUGGCUCAGGAUGAUAACGAUUCUGAGAUGGGAGGGGAUUCGUGGCCUUGGCAGUUUACACCAUUUCAAAAAUUAAACUUCUCCAUCGAUCAAGUUCUAAAAUGUCUGGUUGACUCUAAUAUGAUAGGAAAGGGAUGUUCAGGUGUUGUUUAUCGUGCAGAACUAGAGAAUGGCGAUGUCAUUGCUGUGAAAAAACUAUGGCCAACAACAAUGGCUGCUAGAUAUGAUUGCCAACGUGACAAGUUGGCAGUUCAUGGCAGAGGAGUUCGUGAUUCCUUCUCAGCUGAGGUUAAGACCCUGGGUUCCAUUCGACACAAGAACAUUGUGAGGUUCCUUGGUUGCUCUUGGAAUCGAAAUACUAGGCUACUUAUGUAUGACUACGUACCAAAUGGGAGCCUGGGAAGUUUGCUGCAUGAACGAAGUGGUGGAAACUGCUUGGAGUGGGACAUCAGGUAUCGGAUAUUACUGGGAGCAGCUCAAGGCUUGGCCUAUCUUCACCAUGACUGUGUUCCUCCCAUUGUCCAUAGGGACAUCAAGGCCAACAAUAUUCUCAUAGGUCCUGAUUUUGAGCCAUACAUUGCAGAUUUUGGGCUUGCUAAACUUGUUGAUGAGGGAGAUUUUGCAAGAUCCUCUAGCACACUGGCAGGUUCCUAUGGCUACAUUGCUCCUGAAUAUGGAUACAUGAUGAAGAUAACAGAGAAAAGUGACGUGUAUAGUUAUGGGAUUGUUGUAUUAGAAGUACUAACAGGGAAGCAACCAAUUGACCCAACAAUACCAGAUGGGCUCCACAUCGUUGACUGGGUUAGACAGAAAAGAGGAGGAAGUGAAGUGCUAGAUCCAAGCCUAUGUGCAAGGCCUGCACCUGAAAUAGAAGAAAUAUUGCAGACUUUAGGGGUGGCUUUGUUGUGUGUGAACGCUAGCCCAGAAGACAGGCCAACCAUGAAAGAUGUAGCCGCAAUGCUUAAAGAGAUCAGGCAAGAAAGGGAGGAAUAUAUGAAAGUUGAUGUGCUUCUUCACAGAUCUUCUGCAAAUGAAGAAGAUAAUAAUACUAAUAAUCAUUCAAGUGAAGAGCCAAGAGGGGAUACAAUGAAGCAAUCAUACCCGGUAAACAGCAACAACACUAGUUUUUCUGCCUCUCUUCUUGUCUCUCCUUCGUCCUCCAAUACCAAAGUCACAUUCAAAUAGUCAGCACCAAUCAUGUGGUUAGACUUCUACUGUUUUUUUCGCUUGAAAAGUUCAGUGUGGACCCUUGGAGUUUUAGGGCUAUGGUUUCUCUGUGUACAUGUCCUAAUA